UACUAAUAAAUAUAAAUAUACAGUGUUACGGUGAAGACAAGUAUGGAUAAGCCCAGUGAUUGAACAAUGAACAUAAGCAACCGUCGACGUAUAUUUAGUUACCGACAACCUUAAAAAUUAGUCAAAAUUCAAAAUAACCAUAACCUUUAAAAUGUCAAGUAUUUUGCAUUUUUCUCAAAGAACGUUGAAAUUAGGGCUUAAACUUCGAGCUAAUUUCCAAAAUGCAUCCCGUAAUUACUCAAAAACCUUCAAAAUAAAUAAACAGAAGGAAAUUGGGCCUUUGGGCUGGUUUUUAUUGGUAAUACCGAGUAGUACUUUCGCGCUAGGUACUUGGCAAGUGCAACGUAAACGAUGGAAAGAAUCUUUAAUUGCCGAGCUUGAGAAAAGGACUAACGCAACUGCUGUAGAACUUCCGCAAAGCAUAGAUGAAAUAAGUGAACUAGAAUUUUAUCCUAUUCACAUUAGAGGAGAAUUUGAUCAUAGCAAAGAACUUUAUAUAGGUCCACGCUCCUUACUUCAUCAUGGCGACGCAGUUAGUUCCAGUUCUCUUUUUACGAAGCAAAGUAAUACACAAGGUUAUUUAGUUAUAACCCCCUUCAAGUUGGAAAAUCGAGACACGACAGUUUUGGUAAAUCGUGGGUGGGUUUCUACUAAAAAUAAGGAUCCUGCAACCCGUCCUCUAGGUCAAAUAAAAGGAGUAAUCGAUCUAGUGGGUGUCGUUCGCCUUCACGAGAAUAGACCACAGUUUGUGCCAGCAAAUAAACCUCUCGCAAAUGUUUGGUUCUACAGGGAUUUAAAUCAGAUGUGUGAUGUAACGGGAGCCGAUCCCAUUUUCUUGGAUGCUGUAGAUACCUGCGAUGUCAAGGGUGGGCCUAUUGGUGGCCAAACAAGAAUCGCAUUGCGCAAUGAACAUUUAUCGUACAUAAUAACAUGGUUUAGUUUAUCUGCGAUGACCGGAUUUAUGUGGUUUUCUUACUUCAUUAAGGGUGUUAAAUUGUAACUGAAGGUGUAGUUAUUUAUUGACUCAUUAAACUUUUUAUUUUUGUACA